GGAGGGGAUGGGGAGUUCCGACGUGAACGCGCCUGACGGAUCCCCGGCGGAGAGGGCAGCGAGAGCGCGCAUCCCCGUCCUCCGCUCGUGAAGACACUGCAGGGGAGCCAGAUGCCCGACUGCGAGACGCUGCCUGUGGAUCCUCAUCCCGAAUGCCAGAGCAGGCGACACAUCUCAUCCCACCGCACAGAGGAAGAGGAGGAAGAAAUGGAGGAGACGAAUGUCAUAGGAUGAACACUGCUGGUGGGGUGUGUCUGUCUGUGCUGUCCUCCCUCCUGGCCGUGGCUGGGGCCCUGGCUGCUCUGUCUGCCCUCGCUCUAGCUCCUCUCUCUACCCUGCCUGAGGUUGCCUAUGGGGCUGCCGAAAGCAUCCCCAGCACAGGGGCAGAAGGGGGCCCCUCACCCAUCUCCUCACCAUGCUCCAGCCUUGUAGCAGGGGUGCUCUAUGGUUCUUUCUCCCUACGGGAGCUUUUUCCCUUCAGGACACCUGGUUGUUCGUGGUCCUUGGAAAAUCCAGAUCCUACAAAGUACUCCCUCUACCUCCGCUUCACCCGAAACCCUAUCAUCUGCCAAACGCACCACCCCAUGCUCCUUUCCCUUGACCACCAUCUAGCCAAUCAAAGCUGCCCUCUCCAUUUACAAACGGCAACAGCCAGGGAUCAGGAGAUCAUCGAUCUCUGCGGCAGCCCCUUGAACUCAGACAGACCCUACUCCUUCCUGCAGUUUGAUAAAAACUUUGUUCAGCUAUGUCUGACGAGACACCCUGCUGCAGAUGAGCCUCAGGUAACAAAGGAAUUGGCGGAGCAGAGGCUGGUGGAGGUUUUGCUCAUUAACAACGAGAACUCCAGUCAGUUCACCUGCGGCGUGCUCUGUCGUUGGUUUGAGGAGUGUCUGCGGACGGACCCCACUGGGAACCAGGAGACCUCUGACGGGGAUGUUUGUGGGAUGACGCAAACGGGCUGCAUUUGUCCUAAUCACAACAUCAUGGCGCCGCCGAUUCCACUACUUCCGGAGACACCUCACAGUUUCAGCAACGGUUCCCUCGUCCCUGAUGACUGCUGUGUAACCGAACUUCAUUCCAAUGAUGCAAUCGCCAUAGCACCGAGAGACGUCAGGCAAGACCCAUACGAUGACGACCUGAAGGUGAAGACCCAAAGGCCACGAUCAGCUGACCUGCCAGGUGUGUUUCAGGCACAAACAGGUGAUCCGGCGGCAGAGGAGUGGUCGCCGUGGAGUGUGUGUUCUCUGACAUGUGGGCAAGGCUGGCAAGUGAGGACGCGGUCCUGUGUCUCCUCUCCUUAUGGCACGCUUUGCAGUGGUGCUCUGCGGGAAACGCGCAUGUGCAACAACACAGUUUCCUGUCCUGGUGAACCUGGAAUCAUAAGUACAGUGCAUGGGCAGUGGGAGGAGUGGUCGUCAUGGAGUCUGUGCUCUGUUACCUGUGGGCGGGGCUCCAGAACACGCACCAGGAAGUGCAUGGAUGGAGGUGGGGUGACGCCUUGCGGCCAGCCCGACAUUCAGACCAAACCCUGCAACAUAGCAGUUUGUCCUGUGGAGGGCCAGUGGUUGGAGUGGGGCGCGUGGUCAAAAUGCAGCGUGACCUGCAACACGGGCACCCAGAUGAGGCAAAGGCGCUGCAGUCCCUCGGUGCAUGGCUGGGCCGAGUGUAAGGGGCUUCAUCAGGAGAGCAGGGAAUGCGCCAACCCUUCAUGCAGCGGUGGAGGUAACUGGGGCAGCUGGAACCACUGGAGUCUGUGCAGCAAGACGUGCGACUCCGGGUGGCAGCGGCGCUACAGGAUGUGCGAGGGCAGCGGAGAACAAGGCUAUCCCUGUGAAGGUUCAGGAGAGGAGGUCCGGUCCUGCAACGAGAAGAAGUGCCCCGCUCCUCAUGAGAUAUGCAAAGACGAGCACCUCCUUUCGAUGUCAUGGAAGAGAGCCUCAGCCGGAGAAACUGUCUACAACAAGUGUCCAACAAAUGUUAUCGGAUCUGCUAGUCGUCGAUGUAUGCUGGACAAUAACGGAGUUGCUUUCUGGGGUCCUCCGAGCUUCGCCAGAUGCGUCUCCCUUGAGUAUAGACAACUGCAUUUAGCUUUGCUAGAGCAUCUUGCGAAGGGUCAGAGGACCCUGGCCGGGGAGGGGAUGUCUCAGAUCGUACGGAGUCUCCUGGAACUUUUGCAGAGGAGGAGCUACUACAGUGGCGACCUUCUCUUCUCCACGGAGAUCCUGCGAAAUGUGACGGACACCUUCAAAAGAGCAACCUACAUCCCAGCUUCCGACGACGUGCAGAAAUUCUUCCAGAUUGUCAGCCACAUGUUGGACUUGGAAAAUCUGGAGAAGUGGGAGGACGCACAUCAGGUCGCUCCCGGUGCUGCUUUGCUGAUGAGAAUAUUAGAAGAUUUUAUUCAUUUCAUUGGAGAAGCACAGAAGCCUUUUCAGAGUUUCCUGACAGUCACCAACAAUCUCAUGAUAACCAUACAAAGAGAGCCAGUGUCAGCAGUUUCAAGUGACAUUAACUUUCCCAUGAAGGGACGGAGGGGGAUGAAGGACUGGGCCAGAACAGCUGAGGAUAAGCUCUACAUCCCCAAAGAAGUCUUUACCAUCCCUGUUGAGGAGCCUGGGACCGAAUCAGAAACCACAAUGUAUUAUGUCAUUGGAGCCAUUUUGUACAGAACCCUUGGCAUCAUCUUACCUGGACCAAAUCCUCCUGCGGUGAUCAACUCCAAGAUUCUGACGGUGACGGUGCGACCCGAACCUCAGCCGAGCGAGCCCAUGGUCGUGGUGGAGCUGUCGCCGCUUUUAAAUGGUACAUCAGAUCCUCAGUGCGUUGUCUGGAACUAUGGCAACACGGAAGCUGGCACAGAAAACUGGGGCACAGAAGGCUGCCAAACGCUAGCAUCAAACACUGUCCACACCAAAUGCCUCUGCAGCAGGAUAUCCACCUACGCCGUGUUAGCGCAGCAAGCUAAAGACCCGGACAUGGGUCCUACCAGCAUGCCCUCAGUGCCCCUCAUGGUGGGCUGCGGAGUGUCCUGCACUGCUCUCCUCAUCCUGCUGCUCAUCUACGCUGCCUUUUGGAGGUACAUCCGGUCAGAGAGAUCGAUCAUCUUGGUCAACUUCUGCUUCUCCAUCCUGGCCUCCAAUUUACUGAUUCUGCUAGGACAAUCUCAAACACUCAACAAGGGGCUGUGUACUGUGACUGCUGCUUUCCUGCAUUUCUUUUUCUUGGCGUCCUUCUGCUGGGUGCUGACUGAGGCAUGGCAGUCCUACCUGGCUGUCAUUGGCAAAACAAGGUCACGCAUCAUUCGCAAGCGUUUUCUGUGCCUCGGCUGGGGUCUUCCAGCCCUUGUUGUUGCAGUGUCGGUGGGUUUCACCAGAGCAAGAGGUUAUGGCACCGCCAGCUACUGCUGGUUGUCUUUGGAGGGCGGCCUGCUUUAUGCCUUCGUUGGUCCUGCUGCUGUCAUCGUUCUGGUAAACAUGCUCAUUGGGAUUGUGGUGUUCAACAAGCUCAUGUCUCGAGACGGCAUCUCAGACAAGUCUAAAAAGCAGCGAGCAGGUGUCCCGGCGGAGGCGCGGAGCCGACUGCUCCUGAAAUGCUCCAAGUGUGGCGUGAUCUCAAGUACCGCUAUGUCCAGCUCGACGGCCAGCAGCGCCAUGGCGUCCCUGUGGAGCUCCUGUGUGGUUCUUCCUCUGUUAGCAUUGACCUGGAUGUCAGCCGUGCUGGCCAUAACUGAUCGGCGCUCCACACUCUUCCAGGUCCUCUUCGCCGUUUUUGACUCUGUCCAAGGCUUUGUCAUCAUCACUGUCCAUUGUGCUAUGCGCCGAGAGGUGCAAGACGCUGUGCGUUGUCGAAUGGGGGGAUGUAAAGACGACAGCGAAAACUCCCCUGACUCCUGCAAGAACGGACAGGUGCAGAUCAUGAAGGGCUCUUGCGGACAGCAGCACAGCUCUCGUCAGAGCACACCCCUGUGUUUGUCUGGCUGUCACCAGCAGCUGCCGACACCGACGUGCCACCACACAAGCCAGCAAGCCUGUUACCAUGAUCUGCCUAACAGCAGCCGCAACUGUGUGCUGAACCACGGCCACACACAUGAGCACACCCCACUGCUCAACAAUACCCACAACCACACCCCCAAUCACAGCAGCAGUCGAUCAACGGAUUUCGAGAAGGACGUGGACUUGGCUUGUCAGACAGAGAGAGGACACCCAUUCAUUUUCAAAGAGGUCAACACCUGUAACCCAGCCACCAUCACUGGAACCCUGUCACGAAUCUCCCUGGAUGAUGAGGAUGAUCCAAAGCUCGCAGCACAUCAGGAAGGGGGAGUAGGGGUCAAUUUCAGUUCCCUUCCUGGAAACAUCCCGCCUCCAAACCUCAUUGUACAGGUUCCAACAUUAGGACUUAAUGAGCUCAGUGAGACGCCUCUUAAGAAGGAGGUAAACUUGGACCAGCAGAGACAGCAGGGGCAGCCACGCACCACCGCUCCGAUCUACUUGUGCACCGAGAGCGGCCUGGGUUGGGCCCGGCCGCCCGCGUCCUCCAACAAUUCCCAGGACGGAAGCGCAGGAAGUGGGGGGAGCGGCGGGGGUGGGAGCGGCGGAGGAGGGGAAGGAGACUACAUGGUCUUGCCUCGUAGGACGGUCAGUCUCAAACCUCCCGCGCCUUCUUCGCAGGGAGGAGGCCUGGGACUUGGAGGCGAGGACAAGCCCCUCAAUAUCGCGGUGGAGGAUCCUCCCUUCCCCCCUCCUCCCUCUCCACUCACCCUUCACCCGGCAGAGAGCGAGGCCUAUCCGGCAGAUUUUGUGCCGUCCAGCGUUGGUGACAUGAAUAUCACCAUGAACCUAAACCGCUCCUACGGGACUAUCAAAACCGUGCCCCAUGGGCAUGGCCACUUGAUGGGCCAAGGUGGGCAUGUGCACUCCCACGGAGGACACAUGCACUCCCACGCGCAUUCACUCCACCUAAAGCCAGGCCAGAGGCCAUCAGUCAGACAGAUUCUGACAGGGGGAACCACAGUGGAGAGAACCCGCACCCUCCCACGCAACCUAGGCAGCACCAAUGCCAACACCAGCCUCUCAGCGGGAUCCCUGGAGAGGAAGAGAGUACGGUACUCUGAGCUGGACUUUGAGAAAGUGAUGCACACUCGCAAAAGACAUUCUGAGCUGUACCAUGAGCUCAACCACUCGUCCAAGUUCCACACCAUAGACAGGUAUAACAGGGACCCAGCCAUGUCCACAUUCAAGGACAAGUCCAACCCCGAGGACCAAAGCUCCUGGGACAGCUUCAAGACCAUGACCCCCGAGCUGUCUAUCGUGCCUGGGGAGCAGAAAGACCGUCUGGAAUUGCACAAUAAGAACUGGGACUCGUCCUCAGCGAACACACCGGACUCGUCGGAGGGAGACUUCCAGACUGAAGUGUGAAGACGACACACGAGUUGUUCAUGCUCACCUUAAUCACAGACCUGAGAUAAUGUUGAGAUACAGACACGCACACGCAUACACACACACACACACGCAGACACAGGACUCCCGAAAAGAUUCAGAUAGGUACGAUCUCCUGCAAAGGAUCUCAGACUUUCUGCUCCCUGCCUCAUGCAAUGUGCUUUGUUGGAUCCCAUACUGUAUUUGUUUACAGCUGAAGAGGACGUAUAUUCAAAAGGAAGACUGUUCUUCGCUCUAUUUUCGCAAAGACUAUCGGUGGGGUGGGGGGGAACAGAACAGGGGCUGGAAAGAUCUGUGACUAAAGACGAUUUUUAAAAGAACUCAAAAAGGAUGAAAAACUUAAUUUCUGAGGGAAAAAAAGGUCUUGAUUUUAUUCUGAAGAUAAAAGAAAACGUCUUACAAGUGUUUGAUGACUUAGGGAGGUUGGUUUGGGGUGGG